AUGACUAGUACAUGUCCUAACUAUAUCAGUGAUAUAGUAAAAUUUGUUAAUGAUACUGAUGGUAAAUUUGAUUCUGAUGAUUGUAUAAUUAGAAGUUCAAAUAUCGGUGGUAUUGGUGUUUUUGCUAAAAAUGACAUUAAGAAAGGUACAACUUUAUUGAAAUUACAUAAAUCUGCUAUAUUUUCUGCUUCAAAUUCUUCAAUUGCAAAUUUAUUGCAAGAUGAUGAGAUUGACGGCAUGUUAGCUUUAAACAUCGCUUUCAUUUAUGAAACUACAAUCUUUAAAGAUAAAAGCCAUUGGUAUCCAUAUUUGAAAACUAUCAUAAUAAAUAACGACCAAUUGGUUUUACCUCCAUGUUUCUGGGAUCAAAAUGAUAAAUUGUUAUUAAAAGGUACAACCUUAGACACUUUAUAUGGCGCUUUGGAGCCGCAAGAAGAAUUACAAGAAGGUUUUGAAAUCGCAAUAGAUUUGGCAACAAAAUGGAACAGUGAUUUCGAUUUACCAAUACCAGAAGAUUUCUUUAAUUUGGAUGUCAAUAAUGAUAAUGAUGUCAAGUUGAAAUUUAACAGAUUUGUUGCUCAAGCUUUCGCAAUCUCCUCAAGAGUAUUCGAAAUUGAUAAUUAUCACGAAUCAGCUUUGGUUCCUAUUGCUGACCUGUUCAAUCAUCAUGUAACUAAUCCAGAUCUGAAAUUUUUGUCUCUUUUUGACGUCUGUGAUAAAUGUGGUGAACCUGGAAUGUGCAAACAUCUAAUUGCUGAAGAAAUGUCAAACAUAGACGAAGAAACUUUAAAAGUAUCUAAAAAUGAGAAUACCAAACCUUCAACUAUCAGUUUAGAACUCAUAAAUGAAUUAGAAAAUGAACCUAUUGAAGAAAAUGAAAAAGAAGAGAAUGGUGACGAUUACGUAGAAUUAGAACUUAUCAAUGAUAAGUUAAAAGAUGAAGAAAUCUUUAAUUCAUAUGGUGAAAUGCCAAAUUCAUUUCUUUUUGCACGUUAUGGGUUUUGCGUUAAUGACAAUCCCUUGGACAUUGUUGAUCUAAGUCAACAGGUGGUUAACUUUUGCAAGACUGAUAAAACAUACGUUGAACGCUCAAAAUGGUGGAAAGAUGUAGGCUAUGAAUUAUUUAAAGCUUGGCGCCAUUUGAUGCAAGAUGAUGACGAAGAACAUGACAAUAAUUGUGAUUCGUGUGAAGAAGGUGAGCAUGAACACCAUGGGGAAGAGGAAAAUAGAGAGCAUGAACAUGAAGAUGGUUGCGAAUCUUGUGGGGAAGAAGAAGAAGAAGACGACGAAGAUUCUCAAUCUUGGCUUUCUGAUAUGUUCUUGAACUAUGAAGGUGAAAUGAAUGAAUACUUUAUUGGUUUUAUCAAAACAUUAAAUUUAAAAGAGUCUAUCUAUAAGAAACUUGUCGACUCUUCAUUGACUGAAGAACCAAAUGAGAAAAUCAUACAACUAUUGGAGUCUCAUCUUACUCACGAAGAUAAUAAACUAAUUAAACAAAUAAUAUCUGCCAAGAAAUUACCAAAAGUACCAGCUGAUAGCACUGGAACAUCACUUUCGGAGGAACAAAUAAAAUGCAUUUCCAUCUUAAUCCAAAGUGAAAGCAAUAUCAUCAAAAGAACACUAGACAAGUUGUAA